GGUGCCGCACAGUAAGUUGUCACCAGCUCAACGGUCGAUAUCUGGGAAGUUUGAGUGGCUAACAGUCCCUACAAAGGCUCAAGCAAGUCAAGAUCCCAGAGAUGUAAGUUAUCUUUACUUUCCUACACCUUCGCGAAGUUGCAGAUUCCCUCUCCGGACUGGCAAGGCUCCGGGACUGAAGUUCGCAACUGGAGCCAAUUACCUCUACGGCUUCGGUUUCAUGUGCGAGCUGCUAAUCACUUCUAACAGGCUGAAGUGUGGUCGGUGCAAUAAGAAUAAGCACCAGCCGCAGUUCUCGUCCAAGCAGCUUGCUGAGUAUCGCGCCAAGCUCCUUGAUGGCUAUCGCAAUCCCUCGGUCAAUUGCCGCGUCUGCUCCGGUGGCCAGGUCGUGGAGCUGUCUUGCAUUGAGUGCGGCAAGACUAAAGGGCUCGAGGAGUUCGCAAAGGCCCAGCGCUCCAACCCAGACCGUGCUAAAUGCAUGGCGUGCAUGGAGAAGCAUCUGGCUCUCACCCCGAUCGACGAAGAUCGCUACGAAGCCCCAGAGAGCACCCCGGUCUCGAAGGUAAUCGCGGAAGAGGCGGCCAACUUGGAGUACUACGACAGUGCAUAUGGUAGCAGCUCUCUAGCCUCCGAGAAUGGCGAUACAUCUUAUGGCGGAGGCGUCGCCCUUGACCAAGAACUGGAGAAAUUGAAGCUCGCUUCAUCACGCUCCGGCACCACGGAAGAUGGAUAUGCUGCUGCUAGACCUAUCAACCCUUGGGUCGGAUAUGACUCUUCAGACACUGGGCUUGGAAGCUCUGUUGCUGGCAUGCCCAUGGCGGCGAAGGAGGAGGAGGACGAGUGGAAGAUUGCUAAGGGAAAGUCUUCUCGCGCCACCUCUUCCUUGCGGAGCAAGACUCCUUCGACGGGCUUCUCCUCCGGUGGAUUCGACCCCACCAAAUACGGACACCCUGCUGGGCGUGGUUCAACUACCGGGUCGUCUGUCGCUGGGUCUGUUCAUUCCGCUGCCACCCAGCGCACCGUCAAUGCGGGUGGAAGCAAGUUCGCCAAGAUCAAGGCCUAUGUGAGUCUGGCGUGGACUGCGAUGUUGAGCUGUACUGAUCAAUUACUAGAGACCUCCCACCCCAGAGCCCGAAGUCUGGAAGUCCGAUGACGAGGACGAGGACGAGGACGACGGAGGCGAUCACAGUGAUAGCGAUGACGAUGUACGGUUCUAGGAAUCGGUGAGACGGCUGAGGCACUUCUGUAGUGGUGGGGCUUCUCAGCAGCACGGGGAGCUCGAUGACGGGGAGCCUGGUGUUGCAUCUUCUAUAUCCGGGAUGCAUCAUUCAUUCAUGGCAUGUUCAUGGCUUCGGCAUUGCUUGCGGGCAUUCAUCGGGGCUACACCUGUUCGGCUGCCUUUUGGGGUGCAUUAUAGGCCAUGAAUCAUAGGGCGUAGAGAAAUCCCCAACUGGGUUACCAGA